UCCUGUGCUGUGUGCAUCUGUUCCUGACACUUCCUGGAUUACUUCAGUCGAGUGGAUAGUAACACAGUAAAGGAGUGAGAAGUGUGGUUUCUUAGCAAAGGGGUGGAUAUAGGUAGCCAUGGAGCAAAAUGAGAGUAUGAGAGAGAAAGUGAUAUCAAGGGUUUAAUUAUGGUUAUUUGCUUUCUGGAUUGGACUGCUUUGCAGUUUUGGUAAAACAGCAUAUGAAACAAACAUUAUGGCUUUGGAGAAGAAAUGAUAGAUGCUACUGUUCAUCUUUUUAAGUUUUUGAUGUCUCAUUUAACGUGGAUUACUACAUUCUACCAUCAAUUAGCAGAGCAACGAAGGGGUGCAGUUUGCUGUUUUAAAGGACACAUUGCUAACUACCUUGGAGUUACACUAGCAGCUUAAAGCUGAGAAAUGAGGGUACAUUGGCUCAUAAUAAGAAAGGUCUGCUGAAUGCAAAUUGUCUGUGGGAGUAUAUGUUUUUAUUUAUGUGGCAAAUCAAGUAAAGAAAAAGAUAACACACCACCUCACCCCCUCAGGAGUGGGUAUAUGGAUGGGCAACAGCAACAGGAGGGGACAGAUAGUCCCCCUAAGGAGUCUGAAGAGUCCUCAAGCUCUGAGUCCUUGUCCAGCCUAGAUGAGAAUGCUAAGCUGGCACUGGUCCGGAGGAACAGCACUAAGACAUUUCCAGGGCUGAAGCUGUUUGGACGGAGAAUUCUCCUACCGCCUAAGGGUGUCAUUCCAUGUCUCAUCGGCAUGCACCAUGCUCGGCGUGGAUCCAGGAAGAUUAACCAUAGGCCAGCUGUUUAUAAAAAAGCUAUUGCCAAGUCUGGUACACAAUUGUGGGUCGCCCAGCCAACCACUCCUUUGUCCCUGAGGAGCGAUGUGGAACGGGAGAUUCGAAGCACAGUUGAUUGGAGUGAGAAUGCACAGUAUGGGGAACACAUCUGGUUUGAAACCAAUGUAUCAGGUGACUUCUGCUAUGCAGGAGAACAGAACUGUGUGGCCAAGGCUCUGCAAAAGUCUGUGUCCCGGAGGAAGUGUGCAGCCUGUAAGAUUGUGGUACACACACCCUGUGUGGAACAGCUUGAAAAGAUGAGUUUCAGAUGUAAACCAUCAUUCAGAGAGGCUGGAUCACGCAAUACCCGCGAGCCUAUUACUGUACGACAUCAUUGGGUCCACAGAAGGCGUCAGGAAGGAAAAUGUCGGCAGUGUGGAAAGGGUUUCCAGCAGAAGUUUGCAUUUCACAGUAAAGAGAUUGUAGCAAUCAGCUGUUCCUGGUGUAAGCUAGCUUACCACAACAAAGUUUCCUGCUUCAUGCUGCAACAUAUUGAAGAACAGUGCUCUCUGGGUGCUCAUGCUGCUGUCAUUGUCCCACCAACAUGGAUCAUACGAGUAAGGCGUACACAGAAUUCUCUGAAAUCCAGCAAAAAGAAGAAGAGAGCAUCCUUUAAACGGAAAUCCAGCAAAAAAGGAGCAGAGGAAGGAAGAUGGAGACCAUUUAUUGUCAAGCCAAUCCCUUCCCAGCUAAUGAAACCACUGUUGGUGUUUGUGAAUCCCAAAAGUGGUGGAAACCAGGGUGCAAAGAUCAUCCAGUCCUUCAUGUGGUACCUGAAUCCCCGUCAGGUAUUUGACCUGAGCCAGAGUCAGCCCAAAGAAGCCUUGGAAAUUUAUCGUAAGGUACCCAAUGUAAGGAUUUUAGCCUGUGGGGGUGAUGGCACAGUGGGUUGGAUCUUGUCUGUGUUGGACCAGCUGCAGCUGAAGCCUCAGCCACCUGUUGCAAUACUACCUCUGGGAACAGGGAAUGAUUUGGCAAGGACACUAAACUGGGGAGGGGGUUACACAGAUGAGCCAGUUUCUAAGAUCCUGUCUCAUGUUGAGGAUGGCAAUAUUGUACAGCUUGAUCGUUGGAACUUGCAUGUUGAAAGGAAUCUAGAUAGUGCUCCUGAAGAGAGAGAUGAUGCCAUGUCAGAAAAGCUUCCACUGGAUGUGUUCAACAACUACUUCAGCCUUGGUUUUGAUGCUCAUGUUACACUAGAGUUUCAUGAAUCUCGAGAGGCAAAUCCAGAGAAGUUUAACAGUCGUUUUAGAAACAAAAUGUUCUAUGCUGGGACUGCAUUUUCAGAUUUCCUUAUGAGAAGUUCCAAGGAUCUGGCUAAGCAUGUUAAGGUGGUGUGUGAUGGCACAGAUCUGACCUCAAAAAUCCAGGAGCUGAAGUUGCAGUGUAUUGUGUUUCUUAACAUCCCCAGGUAUUGUGCUGGCACCAUUCCAUGGGGAAAUCCCAGUGAAAGUAGGGAUUUUGAACCUCAACGGCACGAUGAUGGUUACCUAGAAGUGAUUGGGUUCACUAUGGCAUCACUAGCUGCUGUGCAAGUGGGUGGUCAUGGUGAGCGACUAAAUCAGUGCCGAGAGGUGGUCCUUACUACCUACAAGUCAAUACCUAUGCAGGUAGAUGGGGAACCUUGCAGGCUAGCUCCCUCAAUUGUCAGAAUCACACUGCGGAACCAAGCCAAUAUGUUACAGAAAACCAAGAGAAGAACCUCUAUACCUUUGCUAAAUGACCAGCAGACUAUUCCAGAGAGGUUACGGGUUCGAGUAAGCAGGAUCAGCAUGCACGAUUACGAAGCCCUUCAUUACCACAAGGAUAAGCUCAAAGAGGCUUCUGUUCCUCUAGGUAUCAUUGUUGUCCCUGGUGAUAGUGACCUUGAAAUGUGUAGGACUCACAUCGAGAGACUGCAAGAGGAAGGAGAUGGUACAAAACCGAAGAUGCUGUCCUCGCAGAAGCUGUCUCCAAAGUGGUGCUUCCUAGACUCCACAACAGCUGAUCGCUUUUACAGGAUUGAUCGGGCUCAGGAGCAUCUUCACUACAUGACAGACAUUUCUCAAGAUGAGCUGUAUAUUCUGGACCCUGAACUAGUGAUCACCCAGACUGUUGGUACUUCACCUGCUAUGCCAGAUCUUGUUGACUCAUCAUCAGGAACCUCUUCACACCACUUUGCUUUCCCUUCCUCCUCAUCAUCACCACCUUCAUCUCCAAUGCCCAGAAUCAUGGAGCUGCAGAAAACCACCCAGCGGAAGCGUGUUUCUAGUGACAGUUCAGUUGCCGAGGCACUAGCUCGUAAUAACUCAAUGCGGGCCACCAGACCCCCUCUCAGCAGGACUGAGAAAUCAGAUUCCGUUAUGGGAAAAGAUGCUUUGUUGAUAGAAGCAACAAAGAGCAAUGAAUUCACAAAGUUUCGUGAAGCUCACAAGAUGGGUGGUAAUAUUAUGGUUCGUGAUGAACUGGGGCGCACUUUACUACACCAUGCUGUGAAUACUGGAAGCAAAGAGAUUGUGAAAUAUAUAGUUGAAAAUGCUCCUUCAGAAAUACUGGACAUGACAGAGAAGGAGAAUGGUGAAACAUGCCUGCAUCAGGCAGCUGCUCGACGGCAAAGGACAAUCUGUCACUACAUUGUAGAGGCAGGGGCUUCAUUAAUGAAGACAGACUUACAGGGUGAUACACCAAAAAACCGAGCUGAAAAGGCAGAUGACAAGGAGUUGGCAGAAUACCUCAGUAAUCGACAGCACUACCAGAUGAUCCAGCGAGAGGACCAGGAGACAGCAGUCUAAUAUUUAGGUCGCUGGUACUUUCUUCCACUCCAUUAGUAUCAUAACUAUACAGCUGUUGUGUCACACUGCAGGAGUUUGUUUACUGGCUGUAAGUGUGGUACAGGUGGAAGACUGGAAACUGUGCUCCCAUUUCCUCUGAAACUGCAGAUCUUCCCUGAUCAGCAUGUUCUUGUUAUUAAUAGUCAUCAUUAAAAAGUGGCAAGAGCCUCUGAGGAGAAGACGAAGAAGCCUUGGUGUUGUCACUGGAAGUUAUGUUCACUCCACCCAUGGAACAGCUUGAGAAUGGCAGGUGGGAAACACAGAUGAAGUGACAAAUUGUAUGUCUUUGUCUACUGGUGGUCAUGAUUUUGAACCGUUGCAGAGCAAAAUGCUCAGUCUAAAAACUCUCAAGUCUUGUUGUUUCCAUGUUUGGGUGGAGAUGUGUUAAUCACUGCUGCUGGAAUAUGGUGGAGGACAUUGAUUUUUAUUUCUGAAUGCGGGUCAGAAAAUCAGGAAGACAGAGAACAUACCACCCCACCACCACACACACACACACACACACACACACACACACACACACACACACACACACACACACACACACACACACACACACACAUAAACUCAGAAUUCCUUGUUGUUAAUCUUUCCCCUGGCUAAACAGGAGUUAUGUUGUUUUUAAAAGUGAAAAUAUUUAAGACUUUUUUAAAUAUUAUUUUAUUACAUGUCAAGCUUAGGACAUUUCCUCAAAAUCAGGAUGCCUGGAGUUUUGAUGCUGUGAUAACUGUUCUUGAGCAUAGAGGGGAAGUGGGCUGUGUGGUUGGUAGAAGCAAUUUUAUAAAUAUAUACAUUAUGUGUUUUAUGUUCUUUUAACUAGGAUGUCAGCUUACUGAGUUCUCUGAAAAGGCCAGCAAAUGAGAGUAAAGUUUACAAAGGAUUUGAAAUGCAGCCUUGUUUGCACAUUUUUUUUUUAUUUUAUUUUAUUUGGGUGGGGAAGAUUAAAUCUUUAUCUAUCUCUAAAGGACCAUGCAGAGAAAAUACAGUUUGCAUGUUUUGAGUACUGAACAUUGACUGUGUGUGCUAUGCAGAAGACACAGUAUGACAUAAUUGUGUUUUUUGUAAUGAAUGAGUUGACUGAAAACUGUGCAAAUAUUUUUUCACAAUGAAAAUUUCAUGUUACAUCUGUAGUUGCAGAGCAGGUUCCCUUUCAUUAGAAGUGACUGUCUUUUGACCGCCAGUAGUUUUGGUCUUUGAUUUUAACAGGAUAAAGUUACUGGUGUCUGUAGGAUGCAGUGUUGCUCUCAAAACCACAUACAGUAGCAUGUCUUGCCAGCCUAGUGGGAUUGCCACCCCAUAUUCCACUGCUGCUUUCAUAAUUACAACCUGCAUCUCUUUAGCUGAAGUUUCUUUUUUGUUGCUUUUGCACAGUUUCUAGUCUAAUGCAAAUCUUAUUUCUUACUCCUUGGUGGAUUACAAAUUGCAUUACAAAUAAGUAUUCCUCUUUAAGUUGGAUUUAGUCAUGUUGUGGGUGCUUAGUGUAUUAUUAUGCAUAUGAUAUUGGAACUUAUCUCUGCACACUGUCCCCUGUGUGGUAAUGGUAUCCCUGUCUUGCACCUGGAGAAUGCAGUGUGUUUAUUUCAUCAUAAAACAUGACCAGGAACUGCUUAUACAGUUAGCCUAGUACACUCCUUUCAUAGAGUAAUUAAUUUGUGACUCCUGGAUAGGCUUUACCACAAUUACAUUAUCUGUUUUAAAUAGUAUCAGGAUCAAUGCUGCAUAUCAAUGGACUCUUAACCAAAGAGUAAUGCAUUUGAUGCAUACUAUUUAUUACAAGAUAUUUUCAUGAGCAGUCCUUUUCUUGCACUCUGAGUGUACAGUAAGAUUGUGUCCCUUCUUUUCCACAUAAUUAGUGUUAAGGUUGUCCUUUUUUAUGAACCCAUGAGUUCCUGUGUGAGAUUUUUAGCCAUUAGUCAUCCUUGCUAUUCUUUAGGGUGGGUAGGGGUCUUUGUCUAAUGUGAAAUACAUCAUAUAUUUCACUUAUUCGCAGGUGAUCAGUUGUUUUGUUAGCUCAUUGAUAUGGAGCUGCUGACCUACAAGAUAUUAAAACAUUUUGGCAAAUGCUCAGACUCCCACACCGUGAUUCUCUAGCACACCCAUCCUUUUAUUGAUGAAACAGUGUAUAGAUUGUGCGGAGGUAAUACAAAUCCCACAUAUCUCACUGCUUAUAUACUCGGCUUCAAGGCUGAUGUGUUGGUAUUGGGUGUGAUAGAAUAAUGUCUGCUGUUCUAGGAUUAUGAUGAUCUCUUUUGUUGCACACCUCUGCCCCAACAGAUCAGAGACUGGCACUAUCCUUCACUUAAUUUUCCAGCCAGCCACUGAUUGUAAUGUGACACAGUAUGUGAUAAUAGAAUAACACAUACUCCCUUAUCUAAGUUAUGAUAUUUCUCUAGCUUGUAGCCACCAAAUUCACUUGACACUGCCUGUGGCAGCACUUGUUUAUCCAACUCAUGUCACUUCUCCUUCAUGCACCCGUUCACCACAAGUCCAGUGGUAGUUGCAUGUUGGAGAUGUGUCAUAAGCUAGAUAAGGGAGUGCUGUUUCAAGCUUAGAUGGGUGCUAGUGUUACACAGCAUUGGGUGGCUGGCUGCAAAGAAGAGUGAAUGAAUGUGCCAGCCUCUGGCCUGCUUUUCUUUCAUGGUGAUGGGGGCCAAAGUUGUGCAAGAACAGAGAUCAGCAUGCUACUAACCUGCAAACCGUAUUAUAAUGUGCAAAAUAAAUAACAUACAAGUAGUGAUUGGCAAGUUUGUUUUGAAUAAUGAAGUCUUCAUAUUCAAAGGGGUUUUGUUCAGUAAAGUAUGUUUUAAACAGUUGUAUUUUGCACAGCAGUCUUAAUUAUGAUUUUCACCAAUUAUUUUACUGGUAGUUUUAGAGCUGGGAAUGUUUUAUGUCUUAUGCAUAGUUGAGUUCAUUAUUUCAUGCAUUCAUUUUCUAGUGCCUGCGUAAACCUUUUCAUGGUCAUGGGGACCUGGACGCUGUCCUGGCAAACAACGGGAGUAGGCUGAGAACCAGUCUUGGGUGGGGCACUGGUCCAUCACAGAAACAUUAAAUCAGUUGCUAUUUUGAAAUUGCACUGUUGGUACAAGAAUAUAACCAUCUUUCAUUCUGCUGAGCUUCUGUUCAGAAGCAUAUUUAAAAACAUUUGUAACAAACAAGAACAUCAUUCAAAGUGUCAUCUGCAUAUUUUCGGCAUGCAUGCACAGUAUCACUGGAAACCAAACUGUUUUUGUCUUUAAUUUCAAAGGUCUUUUAAACUCUGCUUGUCUCAAGCAUUGGCUAAUGUAUUGAUCUGAGAUUUGAUUUGCAAUGCUGUUGUGCAGUGUUCGCUUACACUGUAAUACUGACUUAUGCUGAAUUAGGCAGUGAUAUGGAAAAAUAUAGUUUAUGUUACUUUUCACCAGUGUGCUGUUGACUUGGGCUGAAUUAUUGCACUAAGAUUCUGUCAUACUGCAACUAGCAAUAUACAGGGAUUGGCAAAAUAGGCAAUCAGAGAAAAUGGCUGGGAACAAGUAAAUUAUAUCACAUUCAAGAGAUGUAAGUUUAAUUCCCUCAUCCUUAUAUGGAAUAUUUUGUGAACUUGGAAAGGCCACUUAAAGGAAAGUAUUACUCAAAUACUUGUAUAACAGCUCACACUUCCAGUUUAGUGGGGUUUUUUUUUAAUGUAUUCUUGUAUAAAAUAUUAGAAAAUACAAUUAAUGAUUAUAUUUUAUUUCAGGAAAAAGAAAAAGACAUCUCACUAGUUGUAGGUCACAGUAUAGUGGUGCACAAUAUAAGGCAUUACUGAAAUCCAGCUUUGUCUGAAAUAAAAUACAAUUUGCAGAGCUUUUUUUGAAAAUUUAAGGGAAAAACACUCCCACAAAAAAUCAGUUUAAUGGUGCUCUCCUAUAACUUCCUACAUUCCCAAGUAUUCCUUCUACAAAUAAUGAAUGAACCAGUUAUUUAGUGGCAUUUAACAAUACUUGUUAAAAAUGUAAACACUGUUACAGGUUCUAAUCAAAGAAACAGAUACAUGUUGGCUGUACUUAAAACGAUAUUCUUCAGCCAUGAGGGUUAUUCUUUGUCUGAAGCAAGUACUUUUAGCUAUCUGCUAGUUUGUGCUGAUAUAUGCCAUAAUUCUAUUUUUGGCUUCAGCUAUAUUUUGUUUUGUUUUGAGAGCAUGCUUUGUCUUUAAAUUCCAUCAUUUUGUAGUAGCUGAAUGCACCACACUGUCUGCUACUGUCUAUAACAUAUCAAGAGGGUUUGUUCUAUUAGUGAAUAUUUUAUAUUAAUUGAUUUGUUUACCAAUUCAGGAGUCACAGAAACCAUCCCAUCCAUGGAGGCUUUUCUCAUGUGCUUUACAUGACACUCAGGAAAGUGUCAUGUAACAAGACACAAUUAUGUGCUUGACUGUGACAGCCUACUCCCUGGUAGUCUGCUUGUCUGGCACUUGCCAGUAGGUGGUACCAAACACCAAUGUGCUAUGUGUCUUAUAGUUUGAGCUCCUAGCCACUCACUGAAAUGUAGACGCUUGAAAGAAAAGAUGUAUCCUGCAACACAGUGUGUGUCCUCUUCUUGAGUCACCACACCCACUUGAACCUAGUCCUCUCCCAACUCUAGUGUUGUUUUCCAUUUUGAUAAUGUCCAUAGCAGUUUUUUUCUGGAGUGUUCUGUUGUCUUCAACACCAAAAAUGAAUAUAUAUAUCCAUCUCAGAUGUAGCAUCCCUGUAAAGAAUAGAAAUGUCAUGGUGUUAGAAGAAGACAGAAAUGUGAAUGAAAACACAGUGAAUAUAGUUAUAGUGCUCAGUUCACCAGAGUAACAUGCAGGUGGCCCAUUAUGCAUUCUCAUAUCUGAACACUGUGUUGUUUCUAAAAUGACCAUCUGUUUCUGACAUGGCAUUCCCUUAACCAGUCAUUUGUUUUUGUUCCAGAUGCCAACAAAAUUAACAUCUCUGGUACCAUUCAUGAGGACAUCCUCAGAUUAUUGCAACCUCCACUCCUGUAUUUAUUUGAGGGAGGGGGGGGGG